AUGCUCGAGACCAGGGCGUACUACACCUGUAACAAGUGCAAGCACCCGUUCACCGUCACUGCAGAGUACGAGCAGAGCUACCAGUCCGAGCGGGCCCGCUCGCUGUCCGAACCCGAAGCCGUUGCCGCGCUGGCGCCGGCUUCGCGCCCGCCUCGGCCCCCGACGUCGGCGUGGCGCCACCACCAGGCCAGAGAUUAUCAGGAGAUUCGGCUGCAGGAGCAGGUACAGAAGCUGGAUGUGGGCAAGAUCCCCCGCGGCCUCUGUGUCGUGCUGGAGGACGAUCUGGUGGACUCCUGCAAGGCUGGGGACGAUGUGAUCAUCACGGGGACGGUGCGUCAGCGGUGGCGGUCAGCGGUGCGCGGCUCGCCGCCCGACAUCGAGAUGACGCUGCACGCCAACCGGGUGUUCGUCAACAGCGAGCAGCGCACCAGCCUGCUGCUGACCGACGAGCGGCGCCGACAGUUCGACGAGUUCUGGCGCAGAUACCGGCACGACCCCAUGGGCGGCCGCAACCGCAUCCUGCAGCGCUUCUGCUCGCAGAUAUAUGGCCUUUAUGUCGUGAAGCUGGCCGUGGCGUUGACCCUGGUGGGAGGUGUGCGACGGAGCGAUGGCACCAGCAGUACGCGCGGCGAGCCCCACCUCCUGCUCGUCGGAGACCCCGGUACGGGCAAGUCGCAGCUGCUGAAGUAUGCGGCCCGGCUGUGCGCGCGCUCCGUCCUCACCACGGGCAUCGGCUCCACUUCGGCUGGCCUCACCUGCGCUGCUGUUAAGGAAGGGGCUGAGUGGCAGCUGGAGGCGGGGGCUCUGGUCCUGGCUGACGGUGGCGUCUGCUGUAUCGACGAGUUUAACUCCGUGAGAGAGGCCGACAAGACCAGCAUCCACGAGGCCAUGGAACAGCAGACGAUCAGUGUGGCCAAGGCGGGCAUGGUGUGCAAGCUCAACACGCGCUGCUCGAUCGUGGCGGCGGCAAACCCGCGCCUCCCAGUCGACUGGGAGUCGGGCUGCGACGUGCUACCGAGGCUCGGGCUGGGCUCGCCGCUGCUCUCCCGCUUCGACCUCAUCCUGGUGCUGAAGGAUGCCGGCAGCCGCGGCUGGGACAAACUGGUGUCCGGCUACAUUCUGUCCGGCCUGGACCCGCUGGCCGGCGCCGAGCCCACCGCUGCCGCCGCCGACUGGAGCCUGGAGACGCUGCAAGCGUACCUGGCGCACGUGCGCACCCUGCAGACCACCGUCCGCCUGCUGGAGUCGCUGCUGCGGCUGGCGCAGGCGCACGCUCGGCUGCGCUGCUCGGACGGCGGCGCGCAGCUCUGCGACGCCGUGGUGGCCGUCACACUGAUGGAGGCGUCGCUGGGCGGGCUGGGCGGCGGCCUGCUCGGCCCCGACGGCGUCGGCUCCAUCCUGCAGACCAGCUUCCCGGACAGCCCGGCCGACGAGUACCGCCAGCAGUGCGAGCUGAUCCUGGGCCGGCUUGGCAUGGAGGACCUGCUGGAGCAGGAGCUGGCCGCGCUGGACGAGAUGCAGCGACUGGACUCGUCGGCGCAGGUCACGGACAUUGGCGAUCUGUCAACCCUGGAGCUGGCAGAGGGCGCCACAAGCCUGGGCUCGACGGAUGAGCCGCCGGUGGGCCACCCCGGCGCCCAGCAGCUAUCGCGUUUCAAGUUCGUCAGGAAACCGGCGGCCGCGUUCGGCCUGACCCGCUCGGAGGGGAGCGCCGCUGGCUGCUCACAGUUCGAGUCUGCCGACGAUGACUUUCCAGAGCUGGACCUGGACUUCAGCUGGCCGCCGACGAAACGUAUCAAGUUGUGA